UUCACUGAAGGAAUACAUGAGUGCUCCUGCAUGGCAAUCCAACAAGCAGGAGCUAUUAAAAUAUAAUGUUCCUGCUGCUUUUAUUUUGGUCGACGAAUAAAUAGAUUCUGCAAUCUGUUUCCAAAACAAGUGGCUUGUCUUGCUAGCCUUGCCAUGUUAUGUUGCAUCUCUUACACAUUAAAAGCAAACCAGGUCAUGUCGCUAAGAUGCUGUGGUUCAUAGACUAAUGAAAUGCAUCUGUAACAAUCACAACCAACAUUUGAUUCAUUUCUUGAAGGGCCCUGAAUUGAUAAGCCAAAGAGGUACGGCAAUCUCAACACAGAAGGGCGGGGUAUUCAAAGACUUCAGUGGAGCUAUGCCUGUUUAUGCCAUCUGGCUCAGAGUUCUCAAAGAUGUCAGAAGACGAGACAGACAAGGUAAAAAUCAGAGCAACUGAAAGCUUUGAAAAUGACAAGCAAAAUAUUCCUUGGUUGAAUGAAGAAUUGGCCGGUCCUAUCUUACAGCCUCUUGGAGACUCAGAUAACCAGCUUACAAGUGAAAAACAUAAAGACAAGAAACCUACAAAAGGUAUUUUGAGUUCGGUGUCGGAAUUCAGCAUCGCCGACGCGCCCUCAAAGGACACCAAAAGCAAGAAGAAAUUGUCAGACUCUAGCUCAGCAUCAUUGUCUUCCCUCGAGAAGUGCAGGACACAGUUCACCUACAUUGAAAAUGACGCAUCAGUUCAUCAGAGAGACCGUGAUGAUGAAUGCGCAUCACUUAUCCUGGCCUGCUUAUUCUGCCAAUUUUGGGACUUUCUUAUAAUGCUGCCUAAUACCUGUGAAAAUUGGUUGACAAACAUGUGCUGUCCAUCCUAUAGAUAUCACCAUACUUCCGGUGAAAACCACUCCAACAAUGAUUGCAACUGUGACUGUGAUAUUGAUUGCAGCAUUUUUGAAUCGUGCCAUGAAACCAGUGAAUGUCUGGAACUUGCCUUGGAGAUUUCCGAAGUCUGUUACCGCUAAUAGAAAACAAUUGAGAGAAUUCCCAUAAACUGAAUGGAAACUGACAUUGUAAAAAGGGUGUAAGAUUGUUUCAAAACAAUUGGAGUAUUUCCUAAUGAGGGCAGUGUAUAUUCUGUGAUAUCCUUUUGAAAUACUGUAUAGCAUUCCAAAGAAAAUUCUGUUUGUAUGAUCUCACAAGCCAAU